GUUGGGGGGGGGCACUGUAUCCAGCAUCAAUUCCCGAAGACGGCCACACCCACAUUACAUCCUGCAUACUGGAGAACUACACCGACUAAUGAUACAGCAUGGUUGCACCGAAAACCAACACCCAAGGAGUCGCUCCGAAGCCAAACCAAUGGAAAACCCCGUUACCCGACACCAGGGAUCUGGAGAAAGCAGUGAAUACGCUGGUGACCCGAGGUCGGUUUGGGGUGCUGAAGGUUCCUCUGGGCUUCAUUAAGGUCCUACAAUGGCUCUUCGCCAUCUUCGCCUUCUCCACCUGUGGCAGUUAUUCCGGGAUGUUCAAGAUUGCGGUGGAGUGCAAGAGCUGGGUGCAGAGCGACCUCAGUAUAGAGGUGGAGUUUGAGUAUCCCUUCAGACUCCACCAGGAGUAUUUCGAUGCCCCCACCUGUAAGUCUGAGUAUAAAGAACGGGUUUUCCUGACUGGCGACUACUCCUCCUCGGCCGAAUUCUUUGUCACCAUCGGCGUCUUCGCCUUCCUGUACUCUACGGCGGCUCUCAGCAUUUACGUCUUCUUCUUUGAAAAGUACAAGGAGAACAACAAGGGCCCACUGAUCGACCUGGGAGUCACCGGAGUGUUUGCCUUCAUGUGGCUGGUGAGUUCGGCAGCCUGGGCCAAAGGUUUGUCCAACGUGAAGACUGCGACCAACCCAGAUGAAGUCAUCACUAUGAUCAAUGCCUGUGAAGAUGAUGAGAACAGAUGCCGUGAAGUCCACGACCCGGUUAUGUCUGGAUUGAACACCUCUGUGGCAUUUGGUUUCAUUAACCUGGUGCUGUGGGCGGGAAACCUCUGGUUCAUCUAUAGGGAGACGGGCAUCAUCGCUGACUCCGUGUUGGCUCCGCCUCCUCAGGAGAAACCUGCUGCACCUGAUGCCCACGUCAAGCAGGGGGCCAACGAACAAGAAACAUACACCAACAAACAGGCAGGCCACUCACCUGACUGCAGCCAGGAGGGAUAUCCCCAGGACGUGCAGUACAGUCAGGGCUCCAACCAGCAGGGGGCGCCGACUUCCUUCUCCAAUCACAUGUGAGCUGUGAGGAAGAGGGUGAGUCAGUGAAUUUGUUUCUCUUUCACAGGAAGCGUCGUAACAAGCCAACAGUGAGCCACCUGCAAUCUACCCACAAUGCAACACUCCAUGGAGAUCGAUGAGGAAAAAGAGGUUUAGAUGUUUACCAUAACAAACUGAUGUAUAAAUAAUUAAUAAAAGCUAACCACCAAGACAUCCAUAACAAAUAGUAACCUGUAACCAGUGACAGUGCUGAUAGGACUCACACACAUUAAUCAGUUGUAUUGAAUAGAUCACUUUGAACAAAUAUAUAACACAUACUGAACUACUUCUUAUUUAGUGCUAAUCUGCCCUAUCCACUGUUACAUGACCUGCUAUAUGGUGUAUAUCUAUAUGAUAAUGGUGUUCUGCCUGCUUAUUAUCUGAAUGUAUCUGCAGUCUAUAUGGUUACUGAAUCGUAUAUGAACAUGAACUCACUGACAAUCAUAUUAGACUUUUGCAAGAGCAUUUAUGCUUUGUAACCAACACUUUGCAUUUGUUUUGUGCACAGUUUAAAACGUGUUUUUAAACGGUAGAAGGAUGGAUCCAGAAUCUUGAAUGAGUUUUAAUGGUGUAAUAAAAGAAAGUUUGACACAUUUAAAAACAAGCUUUUGCGCUCUCUUUGUUUCGUCGGCUGUUUGUGGAAGUUCAAUAAACUGAUCUGUUAUGAA